UGUUGUGUGAGACGAGAGAGAAGGCUGCUUCUUUUCUUUUCUUUCUUUCUUUUUUUUUUUUUUUUUAAUUCUCGCUUGUGUGUGGAUAUCGCCUUCAUGGACGGGCAACGGGGCUUUUACGAGAUGGACCCGACAGAGAACCCCAGCAAGGCGGCGGAGUAUCUAAAGGAGCUGAAUAAGAUCAUCGAGACCCAGCAGGGGCUGCUUGAGAAGCAGAGGGUCCGAAUAGAAGAGCUGGAGCUCCAGGUGACGGAUCUUUGCAAGGAAAACGCCUGUCUGAAAGAUCAGCACCAGCGGCACCUGGCCACCUGCAGACUCCAGCAGGGCACCCUCUCCAGCCUGGGGGCCAUCAAGGAGAAUGUCAUGCAGGAAAAAUCUGAAAGCGGAAGUUGGAGAGGUAUCAGGCGACACGCCUCAUUUCCUCUAGAAGUCUCAGAGAUUCCUCUAAACCUUAUUGCCCCUCCAUGUAGAAGAAGUUACCCCUGUCGCAAAUGGAAGUCGGCAUCUUUUGGGCUGCUGUGCUCACCAGUCAGCCACAGAAUGAGGCCAUUGGCCGAGUGCCAGCACAUCCAGUCAUCCGUGGUCAUUACUCUCCGGAGGGCACGAGCCUGCAUCAUGACACUAUGCAAGAACAGGAACAACAUACAAAACAUUGCACAAUGA